CAUUUGCAAAAACAUGUGGCACAGCUUCUUUGCGUGGACUCCUUUUAUUUCCAUUUUCUGCUUCAUACUCAAAAUGACAGAAGAAAAAGUAAGCAUUUGAUCAUGGCACGCUUAGCUGCACAAGCCAAUGUGAAGUCGCUCUUCAAUGGUGAAGGGGUCCCAAGUACCGGAUCCGGGUCGGACCCAAAAGACCCAUUUAGCUGCAUGUUCACUUUCUCAUCCUUGAAGCCCCAGAAGCGCAGGCUCACCUCAUUGGACUCCACCAGGAUUUACUCUUCGUCUUCUGCUUCGAACAAGACCAAGCGCCUCAAUGCCGAGGUUCGUUUGUUUUUCGGGGACGAGGUGGCUGACAAGAAGGGUGGACUUGGUGAUAGUGAAUAUGAUGAUGUUGAUGAUGAUGAUGAGUUUGAGAGGGAUGACCUGUCCUGUUUCAGAGGUCUGGUUUUGGAUAUCUCGUACAGGCCAAUUAAUGUGGUCUGCUGGAAACGUGCUAUUUGUUUGGAAUUCAUGGAUAAGGCGGAUGUUCUAGAAUACUAUGAUCAGACUGUUAAUUCCCCAAGUGGAUCCUUCUAUAUACCGGCUGUAUUAAGGGUUCCCCAUCUACUGCAGGUUGUCAAGAGAAGAAGAAUUAAGUGCAAUCUCAGUCGUAAAAAUAUACUUUGUCGGGACAGUUUCACUUGUCAGUACUGCUCUUCACGUGAAAACUUGACUAUUGACCAUGUUAUACCAAUUGCACGAGGUGGAGAAUGGAAAUGGGAUAAUCUGGUUACUGCAUGUGCAAAAUGCAACUCAAAAAAAGGGCAGAAGACAGUGGAGGAAGCAUGUAUGAAGCUGAUGAAAAUUCCCAAGGCUCCAAAAGACUAUGACAUACUUGCCAUACCCCUAACAAAUGCAGCAGUAAGAAUGCUGAGAAUGAGAAAGGGAACUCCAGAAGAGUGGCUCCAAUACCUAUCAAACUCUUCAAUGCCAUGACAUCAAUAGAUUGUUUGCUCCCUGUACAUAUGUGCUUGCUCACUCUUGGUGCUGAAGUCUCCUAAAAGCACUUUAGCAUUCCAUUGAUGGCAUUGUAGUAAAACAUUAUGUAUAGUAAUUGCAUGUCUGACUUUGUAUUAACAGCCAUCAUACUAUUCGGGUAUAGUAACUUGCUGCAUCUUGUUGAUGAAGGCAUU